CAUAAUAGAAUUUGUUAUUUAUUUUAAUGUUAUCAUUAUUGGAUUAGGUUUGUCUGUGUUUCCCCUGAUUGAUUAAGCUCUUUGGAACUGUUUUUCAGGGCCUUAUCUAUGGGUGCAAGAGGAUAUCAUAGAUAAUACAUAUAUACAACGAUUGGAACGAAUGUUUGACGUUUAACCAAAUUCCAAUUUAGAGGUUAUUUCUUAAUCAAAGCAAGAUUUUUUCCACAAAAUGGAUAUUUUAAAGGCAGAAAUUGCCAAAAAACGAAAGCAACUGGAAGAAACUGAACUAGUAUGCUCUGAUAAGAAGUACUUUAAGAGGGCAGAUUUGGUAGCUAAAGAACAUGAAGAAUAUCAGAAGAAAUAUGGAAGAUUAAUCAGUGAACAUUGCGUUAGUUCAGUAAAAUCAUCAGAAGGUUUUUCAGGGUCCUUAUCAAACGAGGACAAUUUGGAUAGAUCUGGUUUACCUAGACACGAAGUCAUAGCAAGACUCAGAGACAGAGGUGAGCCCAUUCUUCUAUUCGGUGAAACAGAGUUAGACGCAUUUAGGAGAUUGAGAAAGUGUGAAAUUUUGGAGCCAGAAAUGAACAAGGGCUUCAGAAAUGAUUUCCAAGAAGCAAUGGAAAAAGUUGAUGAAGCUUACUUGAAUGAACUGCUGGCUAAUGAUGAAGAGAAUAAAGAAGGAACUACAACUAAGAACAAACCUCAAGAGCCUGUCAUGACCUACGAGGAGAUUCAGAAGAUGGCAAAAAAAAUGAACCGUGGUUACAGGGAACAUGACAUGCAAGUUAUAGUCAAUUUUAUUGAGCUUUUAAUUAAACAGUGGCACGAUCAGUUGCAAAACAGAUCACCCUUGGAAAGGAACUGCACUCGAGGGAAAGUUACGGUAGCUACUUUCGAACAGACUAAAGUCUACCUAAAACCCCUCCUGCGUAAACUCAAGAACCACACACUUCCUGACGACAUUCUAGAAAGUUUGACCGAAAUCACCCUACAUUUAUUAAACAGAAAUUAUUUAAAGGCUAGCGAUGCCUAUCUUCAAAUGGCAAUCGGCAACGCUCCUUGGCCCAUAGGGGUGACCAUGGUGGGUAUUCAUGCACGUACAGGCCGUGAAAAGAUUUUUUCGAAGAAUGUAGCGCACGUUAUGAACGACGAGACGCAAAGGAAAUACAUUCAGGCUGUUAAAAGACUAAUGACAAAGUGUCAGGAGUACUAUCCCACUGAUCCUUCGCGGUGUGUCGAAUAUGCUGCCUUUGGAUCGCCACAAACCGCGAAAUCCGGAGAAUAACUGGUCCGGACGAUUCAUUUUUUAAAGCUUCCACUGCAUCCAUAAAUGCAGCCCUAUAUGUAAAUAUCAACGAAAUAAAAUGGAAAACUAGUCAAAAAUAUGGUUUAAAGGAAUGUACCUAACCCCGUGUUGUUCUAACACAUGUACACCAGAAAUUGUCGUUCCUGAAGGAGAACACACUUCGUCUUUGAGAGUCCCAGUGUGUCUUCCCGUUUCUAAAACCAUUUUGGAGGCCCCCAGGAC